AUGGUCACCGAAUCUCAAACCCCAGAACUGGACCCCGAAAUAUUGUCAGCACUAGGCGAACCUAAUAAUGAUAUACCAUUAUUUGGCCCUCCAAUACAUGGGAAUUUGGCACAGAGAUGGGGUUCCAUAUUAAAAAAGGGCAUCACAAAGGAAGUGAAAGAUAUUUACUCAAAUUCAUUACUCAAAUCUUACCUUAUUCCCGAAAAUUGCCUAUUGCUACACGCACCUAAAUUAAAUGCUGAGAUAUCUGCAGCAAUUACUGAUAUGGCUCGGAACCGAGAUAAGAAGAUGGAAAGCAGCCAACAGCAGCUUGGCUGUGGUAUCACAGCCAUCAAUAAGGGCUUGUCUCUUCUACUUACAGGAGAUGACAAAAUACAAACUAUUAAAUUACUUAGCGAUGGUUGCCGUAUUUUGACGGACCUCCAUUACAUGAACUCGCAGGCUCGUUCAAGACUUCUUACGCCUGUAUUAGAUAAGUCCUUUCUAAAUAUUAUAAGAGAUACUGAGAGAGACGAUACCUUGUUCGGGUCAAAGCUCUCUGAGAAAAUAAAGGCCUCAAAAGUCAUUGAAAGACAAGGGUUGCAGAUAAAAAAAACCGUGAUGGCUCCAAAGAUAAUACAACCAAUUCAGUCGACGGUAACUCGGCCCCGCUAUCAGGAAAACUGGGCUGGCCCCUCGCGUCACCCCUACCCGUCGAACAGGGGGGGACGGGGGGGGCCCAAGAAGCCGAACUUUGCAAAUCGCCGUCCUCCAGUACCACCUCAAAACAGGUCAGCGCACCCAAGCAAGCCACGUGCUGCUCAACAGUAAGCGAGAGCACAUCACCCACUUCACAAGAAGCUUACCCUGGGUGCUGCAGUGCUUUCCGGCUCGCAUUCAGCCAGCGUGGCAUACCUCCCGACGCUCUCGACUUAAUGUUAGCUUCAUUAGCAAAAAAUACUAUUAA